UAUCCAAGAGGGUAAAAAGUGUCCCACAGUAGCCGUCUGCCUGGAGGUGUAACUUUUUAUCGCUUCAUAAGUGUAUUUUACAGAUUAUUAAAAUUACUGCACCCACUUUCAGUAUGUUUUCCCAUUCAAAUCAAAGAGCUUUCAGCGGCGUAUUUGUGUUUAGCGCCUUGCUGCUGUCUGUGUCGGGGGAGAAAGUGUUAGAAAGUCGCUCCGGGAUGAUCCAGGAGAUCCGGACAGCUUUCGCUGACCUGGCCGGGGAAGGAAGGGCUUACCUGGGCAGGCUGGCCGGGGAGCAGACGGUGCUCUCUGUGCAGAAGGCGUUCUCUCAGGUCCUGGGUGUUGUGGCAGGAAGUUUGUCCGGGUUUCUUAAUGUGCUGUUGGAGUAUGUCUCACAGUUCCUGCAGGCUGCUGGAAUCAAAGGUGGUCUUCCCUUCAGCAAAGUGACCCCAGAGGGGCUAAUCUUCGUUGCCCGGUGGAUUCUCGUGUUCCUCAUCGGCUACUGGCUGAUUUCCUUCAUCUUCCGACUGAUUGCCUCCACUCUGAGACAGGCUAUGUGGCUGCUGAAAGUGGUCCUGGCUUUAGGUGGUUUCGCACUCAUCCUGAGCGACCACAGCGUGGGCACAGAAACCAUGGCGAUCCGAUUGGCUGUCCUGGUGUGCGUCUGCGUGCUAUUGGGCGUCGGGACUUCGAAGGUCGAUCCAGCUGAUAAAACUGCACACCUGGAGGAGCAGGUGAAGGUCCUGGAGAGACGGCUGAGGGAGAUGGAGAGGUGGAGGAGGACGGAGGAGUGAAGGAGAGAGAUGUCAGCUGUUUCUCAUCCUCUUCGUCUUUCCUUACUGCACGUGCAGAUGAUGGAGCGCUGGUGUCCUUUAGGCCUUCUGGAACUUCAAGGGAGUUUCUACAUUUUUACAGUUUGGAUGUUUUCUAUAAUGUGUUUAAAAAGUAAUUCAUUACUCAUUUGUAACUGACACAGUAUGAUUACUUAGUCAUUCCAGGAAGCAGUGAUUUGUGAGUCUACAUGUUCUGUUUGUGUCUUUGUUUUUUACUUUCUACCUUUAAAACUGCCUCAGUUUGAUGGAAAAAUGUUUACAUGCAAUAUUCUAACCGUCCUUUUACUACAUUUAUUACACAAUGUGGGAAGUAAUUGUCUUUUUUUCCUCCAAGAGUGAGAUGACAAUAUUGAUACCAACUUCAUGCCUGCACAUGAUAUUAAUCUUCUCAUCUCACUCUUGGAGAGAAAGCCAUUGAGUGUGUUUUUCCAUAAUUAUUUGACAACAAUACUGAAUAUUAUGAUGAUAAUCUUUCAGCCAGAUGAAGUCCAUCUCCCUGGUGUUCCUCAUUAUGAGAAACUCAGAACACACGGGUGGGUUAUAGUCUUUGUCUUAUUCAGAUUGAUGUACAGAGGUUAGAUCCAUGCUCUGAUUGGAUUUGGUACAAGCUUCUCUUAAAGUCGUGAAACUUCUGUAAUGCUUUGGGAUCCAGUCUGACAAUAAGAUUCAGAGUCUUAACUUAACUCUUAAAUGUUGUUAGUGCCUUAAAUGUUCCUCAUUUACUAGUGUUACACUUCAUAUCAAUGACCUGAGCUCAGUGGUUAGCAGGUCACGGUCUGUUGGGAUGUCUAAUCAUAAUGCUGGAACGUUGUACUGUAUGUGUCCUCAUUAACGUGCCUUUGGAUGGUGUUUGUGUUCAAACAGUCCACCAGAUAUCUUUGUUUUACUCCUGUAUUGAAUCUGCUUUGGGAGGUAAAGUAACAUUUUAAAAAGCCUUUUGGAGCAGUGGUUGUCAACUGGUCCAGCCACGGGGUCCAGAUUUCUCUUUCGUCAUUAGUUCAAGGUCAACACACUUUAAUAUAUUCAGUGUUAUACUUGCAAAAGACAGUUAGUUUGCUGUCUCUGCAAAGUAGCUGUCCAUUGGUUGCUCACUCUCCAGCAGGAAACAGCUUGGAAAUAAAAGCUCUGUGCUGGAAAUUCACUGUACUUCAAAAUAAAGUGUGUUUUUUACAAACUUGACAUGUUCGCGAGUCACUUUUGGUCCAUUUAAAAAGGACCUGCCAUCCACCAGUUGGGAACCACUGUUUUAGAGGAAUACAAAGCCAAAGACUGGUACAUUUACUUUUGACAGUUUUUGAGAAUAAUGUGUACUGCCAUAAAUAAUGUUCUGAUAUAUAAAAUAAAAACAUAUCACAGGUA